AGAAAUGGAAGGGGUGAAAAAAGAGGUGAUUGUUAAACCUAUAGUUUACGGAAACGUGUCGACAAAUUUUGGCAAAAAGCGCGAGGACAAGGGACACACUCAUCAAUGGACAGUAUACGUCCGGCCCUAUUCGAAUGAAGAUAUGUCUGUUUGGGUGAAAAAGGUUCAGUUCACGUUGCAUGAGACAUUCGAGAAUAGAAUACGACAGAUAACUCAGCCGCCUUAUGAAGUAACGGAAACCGGUUGGGGCGAGUUCGACAUACUCAUCACGCUGUUUUUCAACGACCCCGAUUGCGAAGAUUUCGUCACUCUGUCACAUCAUGUAAAACUAUUUCCCGGGAAGCAGGAUGUGAUAAUCAAGGCCAAGAAUUUGCUCGUGUCUGAGGUGUACGACGAAAUAGUUUUCACAAAUCCGUCUCCCAUGAUGGGUCAGAUUCUCCGGAGUACGCGGCCGUUAGUUCUAGGGAACUAUGCUCAUGAAACGGAUUUUGAUGAACAAAAGCUCAAACAAUUGAAAGCUUUUGAAGAAGCUCAGAUUCGAAUUGACAAAGAGCUCAGGGAAUGGAAGCUGCGACGGAAGCAAACGGGAGAAGCUAUCGAUACGGAAAACUGCGUUAGAAAUGGAAUAGUCGAAGAGCAGAUGAAAGCACUGGACUUCUACGAGACUCUAGUAUGUGUGCAUUCUGCUCGCUCAUGAAAACUAUCUUCGUUCAAAUCGCAUGCAGGUAAGCAUAAUGCUCUUUUUGUCGUUCAGCAUAAAUAUCAAAAACUCAUUGUACAGUAGUAUUUUGAGGCAUUGCGUAUUGCAUGUUUCGUGAAUUUCUCCGCUGUUAAAUCCCUGCCUUUCUGACGAAGAUAUUCUACCCCACGCAGCGUUCCUGUCUUGGGCGAUCUAACUCAGUAGCGAAGUUCUGCACUUCGAUGAGAAGAUUCCUUUCAAAUGAGCAUGAAAAUGAGAGGAAAGCGUUGUUGGGAAGGCAUUGGAAACCAAAAAAUAUGGCGAACUGAAAGAUAUUGUUGGUGUCAAACAUGAGACGGAUUCUUCCAAAUCUAAUGUUUUUUGAAGAGCUGUCAACAACGUGAUAAAAUCCUGAGCACUACUCCAAGGGAACAAAGUUCUUCGCUUGGGUUUUGAGCCGGAGCUCUUUUUUUUAACCAAGAUGAUCAAAGAGGAAUGUCUGGAGAUCUGUGCCCCAUUCAAGUGUUCGGUAAAUAAAAAAGAGAUUUACCUUGCAUAUUCUACGUGUUGUGAGAUGCGUUCCUUCUGCGAAUAGUGCAGUAUUCAUGUCUUACGAUGGUUGGUUCGUGAGUUUCGUUAGUCCUGCUCUUCCCGUGUUUCAGUCUUGGAUGGAUGGUUUUAAUUGGCGCGUUUGGUCAUUUCAUUGCGAUUGGUAUCAUUAAUGCCCACCCAGAUGAAAUGUUGACAUGCUUUUGUGGAAAUGGAAGAAAAUUGGGUUUACUCUACACGUACGUUCUGUAAACUCGUAAACAGUCGAAGCGCUGUUGAAUACUGUAGUUUGGGCAGAAACAGAUCGUCUGAGAACUGAUUUGAUUAAUCCGACGAUUGGAAGUUUCCUGAUCCUAGCAAACGCGCAUUACCGUACUUAUAAUGGAAGUGAAGUUGCGCAAAAAUUUUAGUUGAGGAAAUUUUUGUGCGAAUCAUGGCUGUUCUGGAGAAUAGAAAAAUCCUUAAAAAUGAAA